GAAAACUUUCGGAAAAGUUUUUUUUUUUUUUCCCCACCGCUGGCUUUCUCCCUCUCUCCCUGCUUUUCAGGCGCUCUCCCUCGCUCCCCCCUCCCCGCUGUCAGGUGACUUUUUAGAACUGUAGAACUAAGUGAGCUUUGGGGGAAGCCAGGAAUGGGGUCGGCGGCACUUUCCAAGCGGAACACCGCGCUGAAAUUAGUAGGCUUGGCAGGGGAUCCUCAUCCUCAUCCUCCUCACCGCCAUCACCAUUCCCCUCAGAGCAUGACAGGCUUCGCCGGGGAUCCCCAUUCCAUCGUUCCCACGCGCCCUGGGGAGCACACUGGAGAAUCCCGCCUCGGUCUGAGUCCAUUCCGGUCAGAACACAUGGGACACCACCAUCACCAUCUUCAUCACCAUCACCACCAUCACUCUCCUCCUCCACCACCACCUCAUCACCCAGCGGCCCUUAAGCUCUGUGCUGACCCUCAGCCUCAGCCUCGCCAUCCCGUGACAGGCCAAGCUGAAGUGGUCCCGCGUCCAACUGGAGCGUUGGGCCCGGCGCAGUCAACAACAGUCCCUUAUGCGAUCCCUCACCCAAGCCAGGCUCUCACGGCAGGUAGAGAUUUAUUCCUGCGCGGGGAUCUGACUGCCCCCGGCAUGCCAGGGUUCUCUUAUCCACACUCUGCUGCUCCAAGUUCUCAUCACGGAAUAUUUGUCUCAACAACAGGUAGCUACCCCGGACACCAUGCUCCCCACCACCACCACCACCUCCACCAUCAUCACCACCACCACCACUCAGAAGUCGGGACUCAUUCGCUCCUUACUGGACUCCAUCACCAUGAGCAACCUCCCCAUGGACCUCCAGCUGGCCAUCUGAACGGACAGAUCAGGCUGGGACUACCUGGAGAAAUGUACGCCAGGUCUGAGCCUUUCACUCCAGGACCAAUCUCCCGGACAGAUCCUUUCGCCGCUUCCUCCUUCCACGGCUACAGUAGCAUGAACCUGAACGUGAAUAUAGCGUCCCACCAUGGCCCUGGGGCUUUCUUUCGCUACAUGAGGCAGCCCAUCAAGCAAGAGCUCAUCUGCAAGUGGAUUGAACUGGAUCAGAUUCCCAAGAAAUUAUGCUCGAAAACUUUCAGCACCAUGCACGAGCUGGUGACUCACGUCACCGUGGAGCACGUUGGCGGGCCCGAGCAGUCCAACCACAUCUGCUUCUGGGAAGAGUGUCUCAGGGAAGGGAAGCCUUUCAAGGCCAAAUACAAACUGGUCAACCACAUCCGCGUCCACACGGGGGAGAAGCCUUUCCCUUGCCCUUUCCCGGGAUGCGGCAAAGUCUUCGCUCGGUCGGAAAAUCUCAAAAUCCACAAAAGGACGCACACAGGCGAGAAACCCUUCAAAUGCGAGUUCGAAGGCUGCGAGAGACGCUUCGCCAACAGCAGCGACCGGAAGAAGCAUUCCCACGUGCACACCAGCGACAAACCCUACAACUGUAAAGUGCGGGGCUGCGACAAGUCGUACACCCAUCCCAGCUCGUUGAGGAAGCACAUGAAGGUCCACUGCAAAUCCCCACCUCCCAGCUCCGGCUAUGAGUCGUCCACCCCCUCUCUGGUCUCCCCCUCGUCCGACUGCGGCCGGGACCCCCCUCAGCCGCCGCCGCCCCCGCCGCCCCCGCCAGCCCCAGCGGCCUCCUCCACGCAGGGGGCAGCGAACCUGAGCGAAUGGUACGUGUGUCAGAGCUCCGGGGCCAGCGGCAUCCCGACGCCACCCAGUAACUCUCCUUCGCCCCACGCAGGAGAGGCCGCCUUCACAAACUGCGACCCCGGCCCCAAUUAUUAA